AUGGCCAACAUCACAACGUUGACAUACGUAGGCGGAGAUAUCUACCGAACAAAGUCAAUGCUGGAAAGCUACGACCUCGUUGGGGUCGACAUACCCUUCUCGACAAUCGGCAACCAGAAUGUUUCCUUCUCGUUUGACGGCCCGUCCAUCAAACAGAGAAUUGAGAGGAACCAUCAAUUGGGUCCGUAUUGGGGCUUUGCUCGAGCCGCACUCCAGCCAAUGGACUUUACUCUAGUCGUGCAUGGAGGUAAUCAGGGGUUCGCUUCGGUUGUCGAGGGCAGCGCUUCUCUCUUUGCCCCCGGAGCACCGGCGUCGGGGUUCACAGAUGGUCUUCUGGCAUCCUACCUCAUUCGUGAAGCGCAUAGGCUGUCGCCUAUGUUGCUGCUCGAGAUGUCGUCAAACAAUCGAUUAUCUCUUCGACGGGAGAAGAUAGCUACGCACACAUCUUUGCCUGCAGUUUAUGACGCUGUUCUCGGUCUAUCGGUCAUUUUUGAUCCCGCAACUAACUUGCCUUACAUUAUUCGCUCGUACGAGAACCAUGGAGUGAUUGGCAAAUCGACGCAGGACUUGGUUCUCCAGCAUUACACCGCUGUGAAUAACGUCAUGUUCCCAACACGUUUCAAGUCUGUUUACAACAAUCACAACGUCAUCGCAGACUUUACAGUCCGGGAAGUACUCAUCGACAGUGUGGCCAGCACCGCCUUCGAAGUUGCUGGCGAUCUUAGGCCGGAUAAUGUGCCCACCAACAGUUCGCUCUAUAGCUCUACGGAAGUCGGUGAGUUCUUCGAGAGUGCUGUCUGGAGUGGGGAGUAUCGUGGGACCUUUGCGAAUAUCAAGGCGACCAAUCCAUCUCCCGACCUUCCGGGGCUCUGGCUACUGGUCGUUGAGGAUGCCAACCUCUAUCGACAGAUUGUGUAUGAGCUCGACGACUAUGUUGUCGUGGCUGAUUGCCCGCCUCACCAGAGCUUGCUGGUGAUUCGCUGGGUCAAGGAGAAGCUUCGGAAGCCUAUCAAAUAUGUCUGGCCCUCGCAUCAUCACCAUGAUCACAUCUGGGGCAUCACGGACUAUGUCAAGGCUGGAGCCAAGGUCCUCACCGUCGAUAUCGCGCGCGACUACUACUCUGCCAUUCCUCGAGACAAGUUUGUUACGUAUAGCACAAAGAAGCCGUUUAUGCUCCGGGACAAGAAGAUGCAGGUAGCCUUUGUGCACAUGAAGGAAUCCACCCAUGCCGCUGACUACUCAUACGCCUUGGCAACGUCGCGAUGCCCUACGGCCAACAGCCCUGCUGUGCUGUUCAAUGCGGACGACUACAUCCCCGCCGCGGGCCUUGAAACCGGCGACCAGGCUACUCUCAGGGUUGCUCUCGGGGCAUUGGCCAACGACGGUGUUCCGAAGGACGUGAUUUGGCAACCCGCGCAUGGCGAAUCCGUGCCUCUACCGACCCUGGCGAAUGCCACGGGUUACAUGUAUCCAGAACUCACAACUGUGGAUUUUGCGUAUCUGCAGAAAUGCUAG